ACCAAGUUGGAAGUGGAGAUUCCAGAUUCCAGAUUCAGAUUCGAAUCAGUAAAUGGAAGCACUUUUUCUUACCUCGAGAAAUGGGUUCAUUUCAGGGCGACUCCAACAGUUACAGAACACUGUUUAGGGCAUUAACAUAAACUAAAGAUGAAUAAAAAAUAGUAAAAAGAGGUCCACCAUCUUUGAACCUCUUCCGCGAUGCUUCCAUUCCAUAAAAUCAGUGGCAAAAAGACAUCAUCAAAAGAAUCCUUAACCUUAACCCAAACAUUGUACUACUCCUCACUCUCCUUGUCCCUUCCUUCCGAUCCAAGUGACUCACUCACUCUGCUCACGCAUGCCAACUCAUGAAAACAAGGUCCCACGCUGGAACCACUAAGCCACGCAAUGCAAGACCCCACCACUUCCGACGCCGAUCACCGCAACUACCACGAAACCACACCGUCGUCUAAGCGCACGGUCGCCGUCAACCCCCACCGGUCCAAGCGUCCCGUCUUCAAGGUGCUCCCGGGGCAGAUCGCGUUCCGCCUCGUGUGCCACGCCUCCAUCGUGGGCGGUCUCAUAGGGAGCUCCGGCUCUAUCGUUUCCCAGCUCCGCCGCGAGACCGCCUGCAAAAUCCACUGCGAGGACUCAUCCGCCAGCGCCGAGGACCGCGUUAUCCUCGUCAUCGGCUCCCUCUCGCCCCUCAAGGGCCUCCAGCUCGGCGACGGCGAGGUCGACGUUUCCAACGCGCAGGAAGCCGUCGUUAGGGUUUUCGAGAGGGUUUGGGAGCUGGAGGCCGAGAAAGGCGUUAAUUCUAACAGAGCCGUUAACGGCGAGGUCUUUUCCAAGUUGCUAGCUCACACUUCGCAGAUUGGUGCUGUUGUUGGCAAAGGAGGGAAGAACAUCACCGCCAUUAGGAACAGUAGUGGUGCCAAAAUUAGGGUUUGCCCUCCUCCGCAUUGCGCCGCCAAAGACGAGGAGUUAGUUCAAAUAACUGGUGGCCUUUUGGCUGUAAAGAAAGCGCUGAUUGCUGUAUCUCACUGUCUUCAAGAUUGUCCCCCAUUAUCCAAAGUUUCUGUUUCUUCUAGUACACCCACUGUUAGCUCUUCUGAUAGAUCAUCCUCUGAUCACAAUGCUGAACUUUUUCCUCACCUUAAUUCAUUGUUAACCUCCAUGGAAGGUUUAUCUGUAUAUGAACGGACCACAAACUCUAAUGAAACCUCUGGCAGUGACUCAAAAGGAGCAGAGCACGAAGUUGUGUUCAGACUCCUUUGCUCUAAUAAUGUAGCUGGGAGCGUGAUUGGCAAAAGAGGGGCUAUAGUCAGAGCUCUGGAAAGCAAAACAGGUGCUUCUAUUAUCUUUACAGCUCCUUUAAGCGAGUCUGCCGAGCGCAUUGUCACCAUUUCUGCUGUAGAGAACCUUGAAUCUUGUAAUUCUCCUGCACAAGAUGCUGUUAUUCUUGUCUUUGCUAGAAUUAUUGAAGAUCACAUUGGAAAGGGUUUUCUCCCGGUAUCUAGUAUGGAAUCACCUGUAACUGCAAGGCUGCUAGUUGCAGCAAGCACAGUAAACUGCUUCAGCAGCAAUGAAGGUCAGGUGAUUUCAGAAUUGAGAGAACUAACUGGGGCUGAUUUACAAAUUUUGCAUGGAGAGUCAAUUCCUAGUGGCGCUUCAGAUGGUGAUGUGGUGGUACAGAUCACUGGAAAGUACAGAUGUGUACAAGAUGCCUUGUACAAAAUCACUUGUAGAAUCAGAGAUAAUCUUUCGGCGGCGAAUGGGGUGGUUGCUGAAGCAAGACCGAAAUCCAAUUGGAAAGUGAACAAGGAACCUGUAAAGGGUAAACCUUUUUUUGGCCGAGGAAAAUCUGCUUAUCCUUCUGGGAGGUUUCCGCGACGGAAUGCAGGGUUGCAUGCUAAAACAGUAUCACAAAAUGGAGACUUGCAUACAGAUUUAAGUGAGAAUUUGGACCGUGGAAGAGGAAACAUGUUUGCGACGGUGACAAAUACUACUGUGGAGAUAGUAGUUUCUGAACAUGUCUUUGGUUCUGUUUAUGGAGAAGAUGGUGGCAAUCUGGAUCGAAUAAGACAGAUUUCAGGUGCAACUGUAACGGUUUAUGAUCCAUCGGUUGGUACAAGUGGAGGGAAAGUUGUGAUAUCUGGGACACCUGAUCAAACCUUUGCAGCACAGAGCUUGCUUCAAGCUUUUAUUCAAACGGGACAAGUAAGCUGACCAAAACCAGCAUUUCAGCAUCAGUUGGUACCAUGAAUGGUGUACAUAGAUGUGUCACACGACAGACAUACAAACAACCUUCACCUUGUUAAUAUGGAUUCACUGUUUUCCUUAAAGAUCAUGCUUAACUCCUUUGUAUUCGCUCUAUAAACACAGAUUUUGUUCUCUUUCGCACCCACUCUCACUUUUAAUUCAAGCUUCAUCACAGUAAAAUUUUUCUCCAA